AUGGUGCAGGAGUGGUUUCCUAGGAUCACUUUUAACCGCGGAAAAUUUACGACUCGCUUUCGCUCCAGAAGUCGACGCUGGAGUCUAUUUGGGUCGAGGCUCACGAGCUUGUUUGUGCUUCCUUGCCCAAUCUGGGGAUUUUAUGUGCGCAAUUUACCCCCGCGAGAACUUUUGAAUGUUCUUCCUUCCUCGUUGGAGACAUUGUAUCUUCAUGUCAAUGAAAGCGGAAGCGUCGGUGGAGCUAUAGUUCAGUUGGCAGAAUUGGCUGCCUCGGAGAGCUUCCCUCAAUUGGCUGCGAUACAUAUUAAAUACCGCUAG